AUGGCAUAUUCAUCAUUGUGGGUCAGAUGGAUUCAGUGUUAUUUGAUCAGGAAGAACUCGUUCUGGUCGACCAAAGAGAACACAAGUUCUGGAUCUUGGGUAUGGAAAAAAUUACUAAAGUUAAGGGGUCUUGCACAGCAGUUUCUCAGGAGGGAAAUCAGAAAUGGGGAGUGCACUUCUUUCUGGUAUGAGAGUUGGUCUCGAUUUGGUCCGUUAAUAGAGAUACUCGGAGAGAGAGGUCCACUUGAUUUGGGGAUUCCUAACAGUUUCUCUGUUGCGGAGGUUAAGAGAAUGAGAAGAAGAAGAAAUCACAGAGUGGAUAUUCUUAAUCAAGUUGAAGAGGAGAUACGUAAACUUGGGAAUCAACAAGAUGAAGAUAUUACUCUUUGGAAGCAUGCUGAAGGGAAGUAUAUGACUAAGUUUACAACAAGUAACACUUGGGACCAGAUUCGAGAUACUAAACCGAUUUGUGAUUGGAGUAAGGGUGUAUGGUUCUCUCAUUCUACUCCGAAAUACUCGUUCAUGAUGUGGGUUGCAUUGAAGGGGAGGUUGCAGACAACUGAUAGAAUGAUGAGAUGGAAUAAUUCUAUAAAUACAGAAUGUGUCCUGUGCAAUGAGGAAUCUGAAUCAUGCGCACACCUUAUCUUUGGAUGUCGGUAUUCAGAGAACGUUUGGAGGAACCUGGCUGGAGGUCUUAUGCAAGACAUGUUCACUACUGAUUGGAGUAACCUGAUAAGGAUUGUCUCGAAGCCUUGGCUAACGCAUAUCAAGACUUUCCUCUUCAGAUACACUCUACAGGCUGCGAUGCACACAAUUUGGUGGGAGAGGAAUGCUCGUAGGCAUGGGGAAGAUCCUAAAACCAUGGCUACUCUGACACAGCUUGUAGAUAAAAAUAUAAGACUAAAGCUACUUGCAGUGAAAGGGAAGGGAAAUUAUUUAGAAGAAGGGCUGAUUACUUGGUUUGGGACAAGACUAGAUUUAUGA